UAAAGUUAACAACUAGUUUCGUUUCAAACGACGGGAGCAAUCGUGUAGUUGCUUUUGAGUGUGCCAAAGAGCCGUUGAGCCAACAACAGAUUUGUUAAUAUUUGAAAAAUAAUUAAGUUACAAAACAAAAAUAUUAAAAAAGUAUAAAAAAAAUUUCAAUCGAAUAAAACAUCGUUCGCGUUUACUUUGAAUAUUAUAGAAAAUGUAUAAAUUUGUUUUUGUCGCCAUCGUGGCUUUGGCCGCCUUGCAGAUCCAGCAGAAUGAUGCAUUCAUCAUUGUUUCGAAAAGUGUUGGCGCCGCUCCGGCCAGUUCUGCAGCCCCUGCAGCACCUGCCUUGGACCCUAACGCGCUCAUUCAGGGUCUAACCAAUGCCGUGACAGCUAAGAUCCAAACGGUUACGCAAGUGGUUGGCGGUUUGGUACAAGCCAAGACAAAUCUGAAGCAGAGUUUGUUAAGGAACGUUUUGAAUACGGUUAGCAGCGCCAGCGCCGCACUUCCGAAGCCAACAUAUAUUACGAAAACCAUUCGUAUACCCAUUUUUGUGAAAGGUGGCGCCGCUCCAGCUGCACCCGCCACGCCUGCGGCCACCACAGCUGCAGCCCCAUCGCAGCCCGAGGCAACUACGACGGCUGCCCAAUCGGCUGGUUACGCAUACGGCUACAGACACCGUCAUUAAGCUACACCUACAUGCAUACAAAUAUUUAGUACUUAAGUUGGUACCUAAGUUGAGCUGAGAAUUUAUGUGCUAUACAAGGAUUUAAUAUCUAGAAAGCUAAAAUUACAAAUAUACGAAUUAUUUUACGAUUGUAUAUGUUUGAAUAUUGAUAUAACGAUUAUUUGAAAUAAAACUUAAAUUUCUUUAGUUAA